AUGUCCUCCAACACCUACUUCUGGAUCACUUCGCUUUUCGGCUUCCUCCUCUCCACGUACGUCGCCUACACGUACAUGUCCUACGCGCGCUCUGUGAAGGAGUAUGAGAAUCUCGAUCUUCCGCAAAACGCCGAUGUCUCUUCAAGAUGGCUGGAUCUUUCGAGGAACUUCGAUGACGAAGUCGAAUUAUCCGAAAAGCUAAUGUUUUUGCGGAGCAAAAGGGAAAAGUUAUGCAGAGAGGCAAGGGGCAACGUGCUAGAAGUGAGCGCUGGCACUGGGAGGAAUAUGGAGCUAUACCCCUUGGAUCCUCUGGUGACACCAGAAGACAAGAGAGUGGAAAGAUUGGUGUUUAAUGAUUUGAGUGAGAUUAUGCUGGACCAGGCACAGAAAAAGUUCGAGACGCUGCAGGAGAAGGCGAAGCAGAACCGGCGGUUUCCUGGGCCCGUGCAAUUCGUGGUCGGUGAUGCUAGUGACAAGAGCCUCAUCAAGAGGCCGGAAGGUGGAUUUGAUACCAUCAUCCAGACCAUGGGGAUUUGCAGCGAGACUAACCCAGUCGCAUUUUUGAAACAGCUGGGAGAAUUGUGCAGACAGCCCGGCGAGAAGAGUUCGGGCGUGGACAUGAAAAUAAUCGAGAAAGAAUCCCAACAACAUCUUGAAGAUCUCAAAAAACGUAGGGAUCACGGUGCCUCGGAGCCAGAACAGAAAAGGCAACAGGAGGAAGACACGCUCGUUACAGAGCACGGCGGGGAUUUGGGAGGGAAGAUCCUCCUCCUCGAGCACGGCCGGUCAUACCUUGGAUUCAUCAAUCGAGUCUUGGACAACGGGGCAAAAAUGCACGCUGACCACUAUGGAUGUUGGUGGAACAAAGACAUUGAGCAAGUCGUAAAGGAUAGCGGGCUGAUUGUGGAAAGGAAGAAGAGAUAUCACUUCGGGACGACUUAUGAAUACGUUCUGAGGCCGAGACCAAGGCCGAGGAGCGAGGACGAGAUAGAAAGGAGGUCGGAGAACGUGGACGGUGGAAAGAACGCUGUACUUGACGUCAGUCAAGGUGUGAAGGUGAAAGGAUGGACGGGUGGGUGGUUCAGUAAGAAUUGA